AUGGAGAAAACAGCUAUUUAUUAUGAUGAAGCAUAUGGAAAGGUGCAUUCAUCACAAAAGUUAGAUCUCUACGAACCAUCGGUUGAGGAGGUUUCACCUGACAAAAAGUUCCCACUGUUGGUCUAUGUUCACGGUGGAUUCUGGAUGGAUCGUGACAAGUCUGACUAUGUUGAGAUGGGUCGUCUCUUUGCUUCGCACGGCUACAUGGUGGCGGUUGUCAACUACCGUCUGAGCAAGCAGGCACACAAGACACCGAUUCGCUACCCAGUGCACAACAAUGACUUUGCCGAGAGUUUGCGUUGGCUCGUAGACAACCGUGACGACUACCGCUACGACGUCAACAACAUCACCUUGAUUGGACACUCCUGUGGUGGACACAUGAUUGCCUGUCUCUCGAUGCAACCGAACCAGUAUGCUUCGUUGGCAGAGAUCCAAGGACAAUACAAGAUCACUCGAUGCAUCGGAAUUCAAGGUAUCUACGAUAUGCAACAGCUCAACACCGACUUCCCAGACUACAAAGAGAAUAUAUCGUUUGUUUUCAAUAACGACGACGUAGAGCAAUGGGAAUCGCCACAGAGAUUCACACCGAUCGACGACAAUAACAAGAACUCUGUCUCUGCAAUCAAAUGGUUGUUGGUGCAUUCGCCAGCCGAUAAGCUGGUAAACUCUGUACAAACCAAGAACUUUGAGCAGAGACUACAGAGCACAUGGAACAGCAAAGUAGAGAUACUCGACAGUUUCGAGGCUACCCACUUUGAAGUUGUAAUAAAACUAGGAGAUGUAGAACAUAAAUCAUUAGAGACUGUAAGAGAAUCAAUACUUAAAUUCCUUUUGUAA